UAGGCGCCAGCUCCAGGGAAACCCGCCCGGCCUGCACAGGCUCUGUGAGCGGGCAGCUCCGCCUCUGACUCCCGGGGACUCGGAGCGAACUUCAAGGAGUCUCUUGGGGUUUGCUCGGAGUGUGGGCCAGCGCGUCCGAGGACCAUGCGAGGACAGCGGGAGCAGAAGGAGCCCACGAGUGUCGCCCCCACGGAGAGGUCAGAGAGGAGCAGAAAGAGGAAGGCAGAUGUGGCCAUUUUCCUACAGGAUCCUGACGAAGACGAGGCAGAGAUGACGAAGAAGAGGCAGCAUCUGGACUGUGAGGUGGACUGGAGCCCCGACUCGGACCGGACCAGCCCCCAUCGGUGGACGCCGGAGCGCCGCCAACAGAUGAGUGCCGGUUUCCUGCACCUCAACUUCCACAACAUAUUCGUGACCCCGGUCCACUGCGCCCCCCUGCCGGCGCUGUGCUGGGCCAGCAAGGACGUGGUGUGGAGCAACAUGCUGGCCAAGGACAAGAGCUACUGCAGGGACGUCCGCAUGCUGGACAAGCACCCCCACCUGCAGCCCAGGAUGAGGGCCAUCCUGCUGGACUGGCUCAUGGAGGUAAGCGAGGUCUACAAGCUGCACAGAGAGACGUAUCACCUCGCUCAGGAUUACUUCGACCGCUUCAUGGCCACGCAGAGGAACGUGCUGAAGUCCACGCUGCAGCUCAUCGGCAUCACCUGCCUCUUCAUCGCCGCCAAAGUGGAGGAGAUGUAUCCUCCAAAGGUGCACAACUUUGCUUACAUCACCAACAAAGCCUGCACAGAAGACGAGAUCCUCAGCAUGGAGAUCAUCGUCAUGAAGGAGCUGAACUGGAACCUCAGUCCACAGACUCCCAUCUCCUGGCUCAGCGUUUACAUGCAGGUGGCCUACCUGAAGGAGACCGAGGAGCUGCUGGUGCCCAGAUACCCUCAGGCCACCUUCACACAGAUUGCAGAGCUGCUGGACCUGUGCAUGCUGGACGUGCGCUGCCUGGAGUUCUCCAACGGCGUCCUGGCCGCCUCCGCUCUGUUCCACUUCUCCUCGCUGGAGCUGGUGGAGCAGGUUUCAGCUCUGAAGAGGGUGGAGGUCGAGGAGUGCGUGAGGUGGAUGGUGCCGUUUGCGGUGGCGCUCCGGGAGGUCGGCGGGUCGGCGAUGAAAGCGUUCGUGGGAAUCCCUGCGGAGGACGUGCACAACAUCCAGACGCACGCCGCCUACCUGACGUGGCUGGAAAAGGCCGACGCCUACCGGGACGCGGACCUGCAUCGCUCCUGUGCCGUCCCCUCCGGGGUCCUGACUCCGCCCCUGAGCAGUGAGAAGUCGGAGGACUGGGUUCAGGCGGACGCCGCGGCUCUGAAGAAGAGGAUGUGCGCGCCGUCCAGACCGCUGUGAUUGCCGGCAGAAGUGGGAAGGGACGGAGGUUUCCGGUUAAACCGGAGACUCCGCCCCCACCAGUGACUGAGCAGCCGUUUCUCGAAGCGACUGCGGCUUUUUACUCUAUGCAGAUCUGACGGCGUCCCCGUCUGCCCACCGACUCCUCCCAGGAGCCCCGGCUCCAGGUGCUGCUAUGAACCGGGCGUUUCAUGAUGGAGACUUUUUUUUCUUCUUUUUUUUUUCCUCCAUCAGCAGCUCGGCGACCUCAAAGGACGGAGACACAGCCGAGCUUCAGAAGCUCCGGUUUUUUAAACCCAAACCAGAAAAUUCAGAGACUUUCUACCAUAAAUGCUGCUACGUGUUUUCAAAUAAAAGUUUUUUAUUCCCA